AUGUCAAAUUUUUUAUCAUACCUUCAUGUAUUCUCAGUAUUGUUUCAGUUAUUAAUUGGAGUGAAUAAUCCACCUUUUAAGCCAGGAAAGAGAUUUGAACAUACUGCUACGAUUGUCGACAACAAACUUUUUAUUUUAGGUGGAUUUGGCGAGAAAGAAGGAAAAGAAUUUUUUUACCUUGAUGUUUCAUCUCCAUUCACCACCUUAAAACCGUCAUGGGACGAUUUGACGGACAUUAACACACUUGAAGCACAUUGGGGUGCUAUAUCCGUUAAUGGUGGUGCAGAUAACAGUUCAUUAAUUUUAUACGGGGGAAUACAAUACAAUGAAGACAGUAGUCAUAGUAAUUUUCCUUUGAUUCAUAUAUUUGAUGCGCAAAAUAACUCGUGGAGUGUUCCUGAGGUACCCGGUCAGGAACAAAUUUUCUAUCUUACUGGAAGCGGAGUUAUUGAUCAUAGCGGACAAAUGUAUACACUUGAAAUUAUCCAUCAGAUGAUGGUCGUGUUUGACACGAUAGAUUUAACUUUAUGGAAAAAAAGUUCUAUUAAUAAUAUAUUUAUGACCUUUUAUGUCGCUGUCUUAUUACCAGAUCAAAAUAUCAUUUAUUUUAGUGAUUCGGACGGAGCUGAUCCGAACCUAAGUGAGGUCCUUUUAUACAAUACAAUUGAUGAUAGAUGGCGUGUUCAAGAAACUAUAGGAAACAUACCUUCUAAUCGAUCGGAUUUUUCCGCUGUUCUAGCAUUGGAUGGUCAACGAGUAAUAAUUUUUGGAGGUAUAAAUGAAAAUACUAUGGAACUUAUUCCGGGAGAAGACGCACUUUAUAUAUUGGAAAUGAAAAAUUUUGAAUGGUAUAUCCCAAAAGUCUCUGGAAAUUUUCCAGCUCGAAGUAAUCAUAAAGCGAACAUAAUUGGAAAGUAUAUGGUUGUAACUUUCGGUAAAUAUUGA